AUGACGGUAACAAAGCAAAGCCAGGGGUACUCCCUACAUCGCCUUAUCAAAGAGAUCUUCAAUUGGUACCCUUCUAGUUACCCUGCGGCAGAGAGAAACUUACAAGGACUACAUCUCGAAGACCAAACAAACAUCAGCAAUGCCUACGUCAGUGGUCUCAAGGAGGAAUUUGGAUUAUACGGCAAUGAACUCAACUAUUUCAAUGUUUGCUACUACGUGGCUUAUGUGAUUUUUCAAAUCCCCGGCAUGCUACUUAUGUCGCGACCUCUACUAGCGCGCUGGUUGCUACCGGCUCUCGAAGUUCUCUGGGGUAUCUGCACUUUCGCACAGAGUCGAGUUACGAAUGUUCAUCAACUCUAUGCGUGCCGAUUUCUAGUAGGCAUGUUGGAGGCUCCAGUAUUCGCCGGGACGCACUUCAUCUUAGGAUCAUGGUAUAGUGGCCCGGAGUUAUUUAAGCGAGCCGGAACUUGGUUCAUAUGUAACCCCCUGGGCACCAUGGUAAGCGGGUAUUUGCAAGCAGCGGCGUAUACCAAUCUGUCUGGUGUAGGUGGGAUGCCCGGAUGGAGGUGGCUAUUCAUCAUUGAUGGCAUAUUUACACUUCCAAUUGCGGUAGCUGGAUUCCUGGUCUUCCCGGGAAUUCCGGAUUCGCCAAAGCCAUUUUAUUUCACCAACGAGGAAAUCGCUCUCGCAAAGGCGAGGUUAGAACGGGCUAAGAUCCGCAAGCCGGGCAAGCUAGGGCUUGACGUGUUCAAACGUACACUUGGGCGCUGGCAUAUUUGGGUUUUUGUGUUUUGUUACAUCUGCAUGAUCAUAUCCGGCUAUCCAGACUCAUAUAUGAAUCUCUGGUUGAAAGAACAAGGCUUCUCCGUUAUUCAGAUUAAUCAGCUACCUACUGUCACGUACGCCAUCAACAUCGUGGCUUCUUGGUUGGGUACUACCUUGGCUGCUAUCUAUCCUUCAUGGACCGUUUACACCAGUGCGACAAUAUGCAUCGUGUUCUCGGCAAUCUGUAUGAUUAUUUGGGACAUUCCGAAACCUCUGAAGUUUGUCGCGUGGUACUUCUUCGGUGUAUCAGGGUGCCUAAGUCCGGUCCUAUACUCGACGGUCAAUACAGUUGUGAAGGGUGACUCGGAAGAGAGAGCUCUUAUUAUGGUGAGUGAAUCCAUCUACCCCUUACGAAAGGGGAUUGCAAACCACGGGUGCAAUGAUGACUUUCGGUUAUUCAUUCAACAUUUGGGUACCCCUUUUGCUCUUCCCAACUGCUGGUCCCAACGGUGCUCCAAGAUGGCGUAUCGGAUGGCCUGUCGCCUUAACUUUCCACGUGCUGCUAUGGGCUGGGUUUAUAGUCGCGAUCUUAUUAUAUCGCAGAGAGUGAGUUUCGUCCUAUCUUCAAUUUGA